AUGGCUUGGGCUCACGACGACGUUACGGCUGGUCAUCUUGGAACACAGAAGACAUAUGGCAAAGUCCGCACUCGGUAUUACUGGUGCAAUAUGUUCCGGGAUAUUGACAGAUGGUGCAAGAGUUACGUGGAUUGUGCAAUGAAGAAAUCGCCUCGCAAUUGACAUAAAGCUCCUCUUCUUGCCAUUUCAGUGGAAAAUCCUUUCGAUCGCGACGCCGUGGAUUGUUCAGGUCCUUUCACACUCUCAAAUGCUGGAAAUCGCUACGUGGUUGUCUUUACGGAAUAUCUUACUCGAUGUCCUGAGGCGUGUGCAGUUCCAAGUACAGAUGCUCCAACUAUUGCUCGUCUUCUUGUUAAUCACAUCGUCACAACACAUGGCGCUCCUAAGACCCUAUUGUCAGAUCGAGGAACUAGCUUUCUGACGUCGCUUGUUCACAGCGUACCAUCCACAAACUGGCAGUCCUGUCGAAAGAUUCAGUCAUACUCUUUGCCAAUGUGUAUCAAUGUAUGUUAGUCGUGAUCAGAAAGACUGGGACACCCAUCUACCAACGAUAUUAUUUGGUUAUCGAGUAAGUCCUCAUGAAGCCACCGGAGACAGUCCAUUUUAUCUGCUUUACGGACGAGAACCAAGAUAUCCUAUUGAUGCUUCGCUACUUCCUCCUUCCAACGUAAAAACUCUGUCAGCGAACACAGA